CUCUCUUCGAGACCGUAGCAUAUUCAAAAUCUCCAGCGGAGAAAUACAGAAAUAUUUUCGUCCCACCCGUAUUUCGAUCGAUUUCACUCAUUGCCUAUUGCGUUUGCAUUUUUUCAGGAAACCAAAAAAACGAAAAAAAAAAGAGGCCAGUAGAUUUCGGUCCGGUACAUGGCAGCGCAUGCUUACCACAAGCAAAACGGCGUUGUUUUUGUACCCAAAACGCAGUGGCGUUACAUCUCUGGUGGUCCUCCUUGUUCCGAACGAUCUACCUGUAACAGCACCUGUUGGAUUAUCUGAAUGGACGAGGAAAGGUCAAUCUCUCUGGUUCAGUUCAUAGUUAAUGAAGGACUCGUGCCGUCUCCGGACGAGGAAGAGAAGAGGAAAAAUGUCAUUUUGAAGCUCAAAGAGAUAGUUUUGACAUGGAUUAAGAAGGUUGCAUGGCAACGUCGUUUUCCAAAAGAGCAAAUUGCUGCUACCUGUGCCACUAUUUUGACUUAUGGAUCAUAUGGCCUCGGAGUUCAUGGUUCAGAAUCCGACAUUGAUGCUUUAUGUGUUGGCCCUUUGUUUGCAACCAUGGCAGAGGACUUUUUUAUUGUUCUGCACAACAUGCUUAAAAGCAGACCUGAAGUAUCAGAGAUCCACUGUGUAAAGGAUGCAAAAGUUCCUCUAAUUCGGUUUGAAUUUGAUGGGAUCUCAAUUGAUCUCCCAUAUGCGCAGCUUAAGGUGUCAUCUGUUCCUGAAAAUGUGGAUGUAUUAAACCCAUACUUCCUAAGGGAUGUCAAUGAAACUAGCUGGAAGAGCUUGUCUGGUGUACGUGCUAACAAACGCAUUCUUCAGCUUGUUCCAAACUUGGAGAAUUUCCAAUCAAUGCUGCGAUGUGUUAAAUUAUGGGCUAAAAGGCGAGGAGUAUAUGGUAAUUUACUUGGCUUUCUGGGAGGAGUUCAUCUAGCAAUUCUUGCAGCUUCUGUUUGUCAAAAGUAUCCAAAUGCUAGCUUAAAUUCUCUUAUUAUGAACUUCUUCCAGACGUUUGCAUUUUGGCCGUGGCCUACUCCCGUUAUAUUGCAAGAUAGAAUAUUGCCUACAGCCGGAGAUGCCAUUGAGACACGAUCCUUAAUGCCUAUUCAGCUGCCGUGUAGUCCAUAUGAAUAUUGCCAUUCCAAUGUCACUAGAAGCACAUUCCGCAGGAUCAGGGCAGAGUUUCUCCGAGGUCAUUAUAGGACUAGGGAUCUUUUGAAGCCAGAUUUUGAUUGGGGUAGCGUAUUUGAGCAUUUCCCAUAUCCAAAGGAGUAUACACGAUUUGUCAAAAUUUACCUCUCGGCUUCUGACCAAGAUGAUCUAGGAGAUUGGGUAGGUUGGGUGAAAUCACGUUUUCUCUCUCUUCUUGUCAAGUUGGAGGAGGUACAAGGUCUUUGUGACCCUAACCCUAUUGAACAUGUAGAUAUUGAUGUAACAGAGCCCAAUGUCGUGUUCUACUGGGGCUUAAAUCCCAGCAAGAGUAGUUUCACAGAUAUACGGCAUGUUGAAGAGGAUUUCAUGAAGAAUCUCAAAAAUGGCUAUCAAGGGUCUGCUGGAGGGAUGGGAUUAUCCAUUUUGCAAGCUUCGCAGCUGCCUAAGAGUGCUCUUCUUGACACUGGAAUAGGGAAGGGGACGAAAGCAUGUUGGAAAAUUCUCGAUUACAAUCUUCGAAGAACCCCAACGUACUCUCAGCAUUUGCCACAUUACUUUGUUGGGUAUGUGGCAACCGACAGAGAGCCCGAGUACCCAAGUGCUGGGGGUUAGGCUUAUUAUAAAUUUAUAUCCCAUACUUGGUUUGCCUCGUGAAGAUGAUGACAGAGUUAAGUUUUUGAGCAUGCAGUAAAGGAGGAGGAGAAAUGGCAGAAGCUUGAAGUUAGAGAUUAGUCUUGAGUGAGAUUAAUUAGCGUAGUGCUUGCAAAGUUGUAAACUCAAAUAUUCAGUUAAAUUGCAAAAUUUUCCGAAUUAUUUGUGAAUGCUUUUUCUGAAAUGAUUUGUGUUGAGGGCAGUAUGCAAUUCAUACGAAUGGUCAAGUGAUGCAUCAGAUAUAGAAGUUCCCGGAGC